AUGUUCUCCCGCACAUACGAAAUCGAAGCCCUCGAAAUCGAGAACGACCGACUCCGCGAGGACGUCGCCCACCUCCAGACCCGCGCGGCAGAAGUUACUGAAGAGAACCAACACCUCAAGCAGCGAGUUCUCCUCCUUCAACGUGGACUGGAGCAGACCGAAGCCGAGUUUGAGGAGGAGCAGGAGCGCGUGCGCUGGAGUGUUCGAGAUACGCUUAAGCAGCUGCUGGAGAUGAAGACAGUGGUGGAAGAAAUCGGGAGGAAGAUCGAUGUGGAGGUCAAGACGUUGGGGGCGGCGUGUCUUCGUUGA